AUGGCAUUCGCCUCUCCCAUAUCUCCAUCUUUACACAGUCUUUCUUCUAAUCCAUUUUCAAAGCAUAACAAGAUUUUAACACUCAACAAGAUCCAACCCUUUUCACUCUCUCACAGCCAUCCCCUUUUUAGAAUAGAUUGUGGGUUACUGUGGCAAGGACAGGCUUCAUUAAACUAUAGCCUAUAUUCUUCCAGUACAAGUGCAGAUUAUUUGUUGGAUGAAGCUCUAGAAAAAAUACAACUUCCAAAGGGUGACACCUGGUCUAUUCAUAAAUUCGGGGGUACCUGUGUGGGAACUUCUGAAAGAAUACGAAAUGUUACAGACAUUAUUGUCAAGGAUGAGUCAGAGAGAAAGUUAGUUGUUGUGUCUGCCAUGUCGAAGGUGACAGACAUGAUGUAUGAUCUCAUAGAGAGGGCACAGUCACGAGACAACUCUUAUGUAACUGCACUGGAUGCUGUUCUGGAAAAGCACAAGUUGACAGCACUUGAUUUACUUGAGGGGGAUGAUCUUGCUAAUUUCUUAUCUCUGUUGCAUCAGGACAUUAGCAACCUUAAAGCAAUGCUUAGUGCAAUCUAUAUCGCUGGUCAUGCUACAGAAUCGUUUUCAGAUUUUGUUGUGGGACAUGGCGAGUUAUGGUCUGCUCAACUGUUGUCUGCUGUUGUCAGAAAGAAUGGAUUGGACUGCACUUGUAUGGACACCAGAGAGGUCCUUGUUGUAAAUCCGACAAGCUCUAAUCAAGUGGAUCCAGAUUAUUUGGAGUCUGGCAGAAGGCUUGAGAAAUGGUAUUCUCACAAUCCAUCUAACACUAUCGUUGCGACUGGGUUUAUUGCCAGCACUCUUCAGAAUAUACCUACAACCUUAAAGAGAGAUGGUAGUGACUUCUCAGCUGCAAUUAUGGGUGCUUUAUUCAGAGCACGUCAAGUCACUAUUUGGACUGAUGUCGAUGGUAUAUAUAGUGCUGACCCUAGAAAAGUUAGUGAAGCUGUGAUACUGAAGAAAUUGUCUUAUCAAGAGGCAUGGGAAAUGUCAUACUUCGGGGCAAAUGUUUUGCAUCCUCGAACUAUAAUUCCCGUUAUGGUAUAUGAUAUACCAAUUGUCAUAAGAAAUAUUUUCAACCUCUCAGCAUGUGGAACAAUGAUCUGCGGUCGUGCUGGCUGUGAAAAUGAAAAUGGUCAAAGAAUGGAAUCUCCAGUUAAAGGAUUUGCAACAAUUGACAAUUUGGCCCUUGUAAAUGUUGAAGGAACUGGAAUGGCAGGGGUUCCUGGAACUGCCAGUGACAUUUUUGGUGCUGUGAGAGAUGCUGGAGCUAAUGUAAUCAUGAUAUCCCAGGCUAGUAGUGAGCAUUCUGUGUGUUUUGCUGUGCCUGAAAAGGAAGUAAAUGCCGUUGCUGCGGCAUUAGAGUCUAGAUUUCGUCAAGCCUUGGAUGCUGGACGUCUUUCCCAGAUUGCAGUAAUUCCAAACUGUAGUAUUUUGGCAGCAGUUGGCCAGAAAAUGGCAAGUACACCUGGAGUCAGUGCUACACUUUUUAAUGCACUUGCUAAGGCUAAUAUCAAUGUACGGGCUAUAGCUCAAGGCUGCUCUGAGUAUAAUAUUACUGUAGUUAUCAAGCGAGAAGAUUGUAUAAGGGCUUUGCAGGCUGUCCACUCAAGAUUUUAUCUAUCUAGAACGACAAUUGCAAUGGGUGUUAUUGGACCUGGGUUGAUUGGUGGCACAUUGCUCGAUCAGCUUAGAGACCAGGCAGCAGUCCUCAAGGAAAAUUUUAACAUUGAUAUGCGUGUGAUGGGUAUAACUGGAUCAAGGACAAUGCUCUUGAGUGAUGCGGGUAUUGAUUUAUCAAUAUGGAGAGAUCUUCUGAGGGAAAAAGGAGAAAAAGCUGACAUGCAUAAAUUUGUUAAAUGUGUGCAUGGGAAUCAUUCCAUCCCAAAUACUGUCUUGGUAGAUUGUACAGCAGACUCGUAUGUUGCCAGCUAUUACCAUGAUUGGUUGCGUCGAGGCUUACACAUAAUCACCCCAAAUAAGAAAGCCAAUUCAGGACCACUUGAGCAGUAUUUGAAGUUGAGGGCUCUUCAACGACAAUCCUAUACACAUUACUUCUAUGAAGCAACAGUUGGAGCCGGUUUACCAAUCAUUAGCACUUUGCAAGGUCUGCUCGAAACUGGGGACAAAAUAUUGCGAGUUGAGGGCAUUUUCAGUGGAACCCUAAGUUAUAUAUUUAAUAACUUCGUGGGCACUCGGACAUUUAGUGAGGCAGUGAAGGAAGCUAAAGAAGCAGGUUACUCUGAACCAGAUCCUAGAGAUGAUUUAUCUGGAACGGAUGUCGCAAGAAAGGUCAUAAUUCUUGCUAGAGAAUCUGGAUUAAAGCUAGAACUAUCAGAUAUUCCUGUCCAGAGCCUUGUGCCAGAACCAUUAAAGGCUAGUUGUUCAGCUGAGGAGUUUAUGCUGCAGCUGCCUCGAUACGAUCAAAACAUGGAAGGGAGAAGGCAGGAAGCUGAAGCUGCUGGGGAAGUGUUGAGAUACGUUGGCGUAGUGGAUGUUGUCAAUCAAAAAGGAACUGUAGAACUGCGAAGAUACAAAAAGGAGCACCCAUUUGCACAACUUUCUGGAUCAGAUAAUAUAAUUGCAUUCACAACACAAAGGUAUGAAAGGCAACCUCUUAUUGUGCGAGGUCCUGGUGCUGGGGCUGAAGUUACUGCUGGUGGAGUAUUCAGUGACAUAUUGCGUCUUGCAUCUUAUCUUGGUGCACCGUCUUAA